AUGCAUCAUGUUUACCACCAUAUUAUGCAUCAUAUUCUAGAGAGUGUAAGUUAUGCACAUUGGAAAAUUGCCUAUAUUGUUUUGAAUUCAAACGCUAUCAUUCUUAUUUUGACAUUAGUAUUGAACUUGAAGAUUUAACUGAAAAUUACACUGAGACACAGAUUGGUUGUAUGUUGUGUGAAACAGACUAUAACUUUAAUUUCAAACUUGGAAUAUGUUUAAAAAAUGCUUCAUCAAUCGAGAAUUGUGUAAUAUCUGUUACUAAAUUAACAAAUGAGGAAAUAUGUUUAACAUCUUCCUUAGAUAAUUUCCAGGUGUCAAGAGAGAUUAAUAGUUGCAAUUUGUUAAUAACCAAUUGUUAAAUCUGUUUUCUUGAUUACUAUAAGAAGUUAACCUGCAUAACAUGUAAAUCUGGUUAUAUAUUAUUUGGUGGAGUCUGCUAUGAAGGUUAAGAAUAAAGUGCCUCCUAUUAAAUUGAAUUCUGAAGUUUGAAAGUAACAAGUUUUUUAGUUAACUUUUAUUAUAAUUAUAAUUAUUAAGAACCCCAUAAAUUAAAUCCAUGCGGAAGUUUUUGUAAAACUUGCAAGCUCUCAUUGGGAGAGUAUUAUUGUGAAGAAUGCUAUUUAUCAGAAGGAGAGUUAUAGGUAAAUGACAUAAAUUACAUGUGUUAAUAUUGUUCUCCACUUUGUUAAUAUUGCAUACGACGAGAUACUUUAGAAUUAAAAGUAAAUAUGUAUUGAUGAUAAUUAGAAAAUGGCACCAUUUCUUUUACCCAUAUAUUAUUUAUCCAAAUAUAUAAAGAGUUGUUUGUUCCUUUUUAAGAUCCUUUUAUUAAUUGCGACCCCUAUUUAAAAACCACCUAAUAUUGUUUCGACGGUGAUUGCAAUAAUGAACUAACUUAUGAAUUUAUUGAAGACAAUUGUUUUUUUGAUAGAUUUCCACAAAACCUAGAUAACCUUAUAUUUCAAACGGAAUAUUUGAAUAGUAUUGGAGUUGUUUCUAUGACCAUCAUUAUUAGGAUAAAAAUAGAAGAUGAAUAUUGUAGUCUCUUGCCUUCAAUAAGAAUAAGCGCUUCCUUGAAAUUUGAUGUGUUUACUUUAUAAAUUAUACAUUUUAAACUUCUAGCAACUUAUCCCUUUUACUUACAACUUUAGAAUUCGUUUUACAUCGAAGAUUUCGAUUCCUUUACAAUGAUUGACUAUGGAAUUGUUUUCACUCACUUCAAUAUGUAGGAUCUUAAUAUCAGUAAUAGUUAUAAUGAAGUAAAUUUCACAUUGAUAAACAUUACUAUAAAGGAUAGUAUAACUGAAAAUGUUCAAUCCUUAUUUAAAACAAAGAACUUUGGUUACGUAGAGUUAUAAUAUAACUAUAAUCAAUAAUAACUUUAUUAAUUCUUCGCUCUUCAAUUUUAACGCAUUUAACUUAAUUGGGAAUAUUAAAAUCAAUUAAUUACAUUUAUUUAAUUGUAAUUUUACUAACUCAGUAUUGUUUGA